UGAGCAAAUGCCGAGCAGCCAUGAGAUCCAGCCGCCCUGAGCGGGGUGCCCAGGAACCCCUCAGUCCCUGCCCUCAGCCCCUGUCCUGGAGCUCCUCCAGCCUGCUGGGCGAAGGCCGGGGGCAGAGGCCGGAGCUCCACAAGAGUGCCAGCAGCACUGUAUGGCAGACCCAGCCGGGCGAGGCCAGCACGGGUGCCCAGGUCGCGGAGGAGGAAGGGCGCCAGGCUGAGAGCGAGGAGCAGGCAGGGGCCUCCAGCCCCCGGCCACAGCCCCGGGCCGGGGGCCACUGGCGGAGCAGCACCGUGGGCAACGUAUCCACCGUGGGCUGUGGGGACCUGUGCUGCCUGCAGGACCCCAGCGCCGCCGCUGUGCGGAGAAGCCACUCGGACCUGGUCUGUAGCGCCCAGACCUGGGGCCACAGCAGCGCCCGAAAGGCCAGCCUCAGCUGCUCGGCCCUGGGCAGCUCGCCUGUCCACAGAGCUCAGCUGCAGCCCAGCAGCACUUCUGGCCAGGGUGGCCAAGCCCCCGCAGGCCUGGAAAGGGACCUGGCUCUGGAGGAUGAGACUUCAAACUCAGCCUGGACACUGGAGGAGAGUCAGGUGUGGGUGCCGCCACCUGACCUGGGGGGCACAAUGACCCACAGCAGCAGCCUCAAAGCCACUGGGCAGUCGGCCACCACCUCCUGCCAUGCUCUGCCCCCAGCAGCCCUACUCUGUGGCAUGAGGGAGGUGGGGGCCAGCAGCUGCUGCCAUGGCUUGCCUGCCCCAGGGAUCCUGGCCUUUCCUAAACUAGUGGCAUCAGUGAGUGAAUCUGGACUGCAGGCUCAGCAUGGGGUGAAGUUCCAGUGUAGGUUGCCUUCGGGGCUUCCUGGGCAUUCCCACGGCUGUGCAUACCCUUGGGGUCCCACCGGGUUAGCUAUGGAGGCUGCCGCCAGGACCAAGGAUAUGUGGACCAUGACCUCAGCGAGUGACUUGGCCCCCAUCUUGGCAUCACCUCCGUCAGCCCAGGAUGCUGGUGUGCAAGCGGCCCCCAAGGCAGUCUGCAAAGCUGUGGCCACCAGCCCGCCUCUGGAGGCCCCUGUGGCCCUGCACACAUUCCCAGAGCUGACUCUGGGGUCCAGCCUGGAGGAGGUGCCAUCUCCUGUGCGGGACGUGCGAUGGGAUGCUGAGGGCAUGACAUGGGAGGUGUAUGGAGCUGCAGUGGACCCUGAGGUACUCGGCCUGGCCAUCCAGAAGCACCUGGAGAUGCAGUUUGAGCAGCUGCAGCGGGCCCCUGCCAGCGAGAACAGCCUGUCUGUGGAGGGCCGGAGGGGGCCACUUCGAGCUGUUAUGCAGUCCCUGCAGUGCCCCAGCUGCUGCGGCUGCUCCAGUGCAGCCCCUGAGUAAGGAGCUGCAGGCCCAGGAGCUGCCCUGGGCCCAUGGACUCAGCCCCAGGGACAGUAGGGGCCCUGUGCCCUUUGGACCCACUGGCACCCAUGCACGUGUCUCUGUUCUCGGUUGUCUGCAGACCACAGGACUGCAGCCUGGGGGCUUCCUGCCCCCUGCAGCUGGGCUAGUUUUUAAGGGCUUGAUUUCCAAGAGCCACAUCUGCACCUCCGGCUCUGAACUCUGGUACAGUUUCAACACUGUGCGUAAGGGGGAUCCUGACUUUUCUGUCAAAACCCUCGACCUUCUGUUCAGUCUCUCCUCAGAACUCUGCCGUGAUUUCCCCAGGCCUCUUGAUGGCUUUAUUUUCAUAGCAGUGCUGAGAUACAACGAAUUCCUG